AUGUGCGGUAGAUUUGCAUUGCAUCUCCCCCGCGCCGAAAUUCGAGCCCAGACCGCCGCUGCCGAAUGGAUUGAUGAAGAUAAUUUCGUUCCGCGAUACAAUAUCGCGCCUCGAACGCAGGCGCCGGUUCUGCGCCGAUCCCAGGGAUCAAAUCCACAGUCGGACUCCGAUUCGCAGCCCAGUACCAGCAAGCUCAGCUCCCAAGACACGCUUGUCUUGCAGACAAUGAAGUGGGGCCUAGUUCCCCACUGGUCGAAAUUUGAAGAUACUAAGAUGAACACGACUAAUGCGCGUGCGGAGAAUCUCGUUGAUGGGGGCGGUAUGUGGCAGAGCCUCAAGGGAAGGAAGAGAUGCGCGGUUGUUUGUGAAGGUUACUACGAAUGGCUCACCAAAGGAAAAGACAAACUGCCGCACUUUACGCGCCACAAGGGCGGAAAACGGUUGAUGCUGAUGGCUGGGCUUUAUGAUUCUGUCGUCCUAGAAGGUUCAGACACUCCUCUGUGGACCUUCACAAUUGUAACUACUGCAGCUGCUCCUGAAUUUGAAUGGCUGCAUUCCCGUCAGCCGGUAAUAUUGUCAACCAUGGAGGCGCUAGACCGGUGGCUCGAUACGUCGUCCCGACAGUGGAAUGAUGAGGUCGCAGGCCUUCUAGGUCCAUAUGAACAGAAAUCUUCGCCCUUGGAAUGUUACCAGGUACCAAAGGAGGUUGGCAAGGUUGGCACAGAAUCUUCGACGUUCAUAGAACCGAUCGACAAGAGGAAAGAUGGCAUCGAGGCCAUGUUUGCUAAGCAGGGAGCCAAAAGGAAAGGUCCCCCCGAGUCCUCAAGGAGCAAGGUAAAAACGGAGAAGUUUGUUUCGAAGGCCGAGAAACCACGCCCCGAAAAGACGAGCUCGAAGCCUCGGCUGUCGAGUGCACAUGCAACAAAGGACGAGAGUGAUGAUGAAAUUGUGAUCCUGGACGGACCUCCCAGUCAUUCUCCGCGAAAGAAGAUGAAAAAAUAG